UGUGUCAUUCUCUCUUCAGAAUCAGCGGCGGACUCCUCCUCUCCAACAAAUAGUUUUCAAUCGUUCUGCUGUGCGACCCAGACUGGGAGGAAAAAUCCGGACAAGAGUCAAUCAUAGGAGAGUUUAGUUAAUAGAUGUGCAUAUAAAAUUUAAAGAGCUGGCUCAAAUAUGAUGGCGCGCAAUAUUCUAAACAAUCCCGUGUACAAGCAAUUGCAUUUGGGGGCCUUCGGACGCACCCUAGCUGUAUGUGGCACCGCGAAAAAGGACAUCCUCGUGCCACAGCGAGAAUACCAUGAGGUGAACGGUGACAUUCCUUGUCCUGGGAUGCUUCAGGGAAUUGAUCACUUGCGUGACCCGAGGCUAAACAAAGGCUUGGCCUUUACUCUCGCGGAGCGGCAAGUGCUGGGCAUUCAUGGCCUCCAGCCGGCCAGAUUCAAGACGCAAGAGGAGCAGCUCCAACUCUGCAGAAUAUCCAUUGAUCGGUACAAGGAGGACCUCAACAAAUACCUUUAUCUGGUAGAUUUGCAGGAUCGAAACGAACGAUUGUUCUUCAGACUGUUAUCAGAAAACGUGAAGGACAUGAUGCCUAUCGUGUACACUCCCACAGUCGGAUUGGCUUGUCAGAAGUUUGGUUUAAUUUAUCGUCGCCCUCGUGGAUUGUUUGUCACGAUUAAUGACCGAGGCCACGUGUUUGAUGUGAUCAAGAACUGGCCAGAGCCAGACGUGAGAGCGAUCUGUGUGACGGAUGGCGAGAGAAUCCUCGGUCUGGGCGAUCUGGGAGCCAACGGAAUGGGCAUUCCCGUAGGCAAACUCUCACUCUACACUGCCCUGGCUGGUAUUAAGCCUCACCAGUGUCUUCCCAUCCUAUUGGAUGUUGGCACAAACAACAAGGAUCUGCUUGAGGAUCCGCUCUACAUUGGAUUGAGACAAGAGAGAGUUACCGGAGACGCCUAUGAUGAGUUCAUUGAUGAAUUCAUGAGAGCGGUUGUGAAAAAGUACGGACAAAAUGUGUUGAUUCAGUUUGAAGAUUUCGGAAAUCACAAUGCUUUCCGCUUCCUGGAUAAGUACCGACACAACUACUGUACAUUUAACGAUGAUAUUCAAGGGACAGCCGCCGUGGCUGUUGGAGGGUUGUAUGCAUCAAAGAGACUCACCGGGAAGAGGUUCACUGACCACCAGAUUCUGUUCGUGGGCGCUGGAGAAGCGGCCAUUGGCAUUGCGGAUCUCUGCGUGCGGGCAAUGAUCGUCGAAGGAUGCACACUGGAAGAGGCGAGAAAUAAGAUCUGGAUGGUGGAUAUUGAUGGACUCCUGGUGAAGGGUAGAGAACAUCUCGAGGGACACAAGGCGUACUAUGCAAAAAAUGUGGAACAGCAGAAAGAUUUGUUGGAUAUUGUGAAGACUGUGAAGCCCAGCAUACUUAUUGGCGCCAGUGCUCAGCCGGGACUGUUCACGAAGGAAAUCUUGGCGGAAAUGGCUGAGAAUAAUGCCAAGCCUAUCAUUUUCGCCCUCUCCAAUCCCACAGACAGGGCAGAAUGCACCGCUGAUCAGGCUUUCGAGCACACAGAGGGACGAGUGAUAUUCGCAUCUGGAUCUCCUUUCCCACCAGUUGAGUACGGUGGGAAGACUUACUACACGGGACAAGGCAAUAACGCGUACAUAUUCCCAGGCGUGGCUCUUGGAGUAAUUGCAACUGAGACUCACCACAUACCCGAGGAUAUGUUCUUAAUCGCGGCGCAGGAGCUGGCAGACUGCGUCACUGAGGCAGAUCUCAUGAAAGGAUCUCUUUAUCCUGAUUUGGCACGUGUUAAGGAGGUGUCUCUGAAUAUUGCCAUUGGCAUCACGAAGUUUGCUUACGUUAAAGGCAGUUAUCACACAGAUGGCCAAAGACUCGCGUCUACGUAUCCGGAACCUCAUGAUAAGAGACAGUGGCUCUUGGAUCAACUCUACAACUUCAAUUACGAGUGCUCAAUGCCGGUCACAUGGACAUGGCCAAAAGCCCCCGUCAUAAAGACACGUGAAUUAGUUCCCACCAAAUUGACGGAACGCGAAGAAUAAACGGAGCAUUAAGAAGAUAACAAAGUAAUUGCAAAGUUAAUCGAACAACAUUUUAGACCAGUAUUUUCACUAAAUAAGUCAAUAUUCUCUUGAGCAAGAUAAAAGUCAAGUUGUUAGUGUUGUGCCACAUUUAAAAAAAUUUAUUUAUGAAAAAGGAAAAACGUUAAACGCGAAAUAUCUCA